AUGAAUAACGUUCAAGAGGCAGCUGCUGUUGCAAUGUGUUCGCUCGCGUAUUAUAAUUACGUGCGUGUUUUAUAUACAACAAAAAUUAAAAAGAAAUGGAGAAAAAGGAGAUGGUGGAUGAUUGCAAUGCACCGGAACAGAACUAGACAUAGUAUGGAGCAACAAUUUGUUGAACUGAUACAAGAACCAUCUGGAGAAUUCGAAAAUUUCCAUCGAAUGUCUUUGACGGAUUUUAAUUACUUGCUUUCCAAAGUUCUGCCACUUAUCUCUAAGCAAGAUACUCAUUUAAGGGAAGCUAUACCUGCCAAGAUUCGUUUAGCAGUCACUUUGAGAUUUUUAGCAACUGGCGACAGUUUUAAAAGCCUGCACUAUUUAUUUAAAAUUUCAAGUCAGUUAAUUUCAAAAAUAGUAGUUGAUGUUUGCAAAGCUCUUAACGACGUUCUUAAGGAUGAAAUAAAGGUAGAUGUUUAA